AUGAUUCCACUUCAAAAGUACGACGUCAAGGUGAUAUUACAGCUCCCUUCUACUCCUGCCAAUCGUGCUGCAGGAAAUUUCAUGCUUGAUCUUGCUUUUCUCAGGGAGCCUGAUGAUUUAGCUGGAUCCAUUGCAAAUGCAUCUGAGACCGUGCUGCUGCGAUCACGCCGCCCGGCCAUGCUGACCUACACAUCUCCCAUGGUAGAUAUAGCUCGGCAGCUAUGGCGACUUCCACUCUAUGUUCUCGGACUGAAACGGGAAGCAGAGGUGCUUACGAUUGGAAUGAUGGAACGAGUUCAGUUCCGCAAAGGAAAAGGAGAAGUACCAAGGGGCAUUAGGCUAGAGAUUCAAAGCAACGAACGGAUUCAAGUGUACAAAGCAAGUGUGAGGAUAGACGCAAGAUUUACUGGCCUACGAUGGAUGAUGUAUAACUGGAGAACUCUUUCGUUCCUGACCUUUGGUUCUAUGUUUUGGCUCAUUUCUACGUCAGUUGCCACUGGAGUCUGGCUUGCACUUUCAAGUCGGUCUUCGGGGAGUGAGGGGAUGGUCGUUAAGAAAGAGGAUGUUGACUCCGACGACGGGUUUAAGGACAGCUCAGAGCCAUCUACAGCUAUGCAAGAGGGUGUUACCGCAAGCCUGUUUCCCGAUAUUAAGGCUGAGGAAGAGGAUGAGCCGUCAGCAUAUGGCUCAAACGAGGAUAACGGGCCAGAUGAAGAUCAAGGAAGCGAGUUGAGCGGGAUCUAG